AAUUUAGUAUCGAAAAGCUACAAUUACAAUAGGGCUUUUUCACAGUCGUCACUAUUGGUCACUUUACGAUUUGCCUGGAGAUGAAAUAUGCAAGGUGUUGCGGGUUAAGUAAACGAGAGACCUAGUUUGUUUUGCCUCCAGGAAAAUCUGUAAAGUGACCAAUAGUGACGACUGUGAAAAAGAACCAAAUGAAACAAUUUCAAACAUGAAAAGAGGAAUUAGUAUUAAGUUUAUUCACGCUAAAUGUAGAAAUAAUAUUUACCCGUUAUCAAAUAUUCAGAGGAGUGAAGUUCCAGAUGAUAAAGUUAUAUGGGAUACCAAUUUUCCUGAAUACAAUCCAAUCAACUAUACAUCAAAAGCACUUGAAGGGAAGCCUUGGGCUGAUCCUAGUAUUGAAAAUGAAUCUUCAAUGUUUAAAUGGAAUAAAUUAGAUGGCAAUGUCAAUAGAAUCAGUUUCAUUACUAAUUACUGUAUUGAUGAACAUAAUUAUCCUAUUAAUCCAUAUGGACGUACAGGAAUAAAAGGAAGAGGUUUAUUAGGUAGAUGGGGUCCAAACCAUGCUGCUGAUCCUGUUGUUACGAGGUGGAAGCGAAAUCAAGAUAACUCAAUUACUGUGAAUGAAAUAACUAAUAAACCAAUUUUGCAAUUCGUGGGAAUCCAAAGAAGGGAUUCGGGUGAGUGGGCUAUACCUGGAGGAAUGGUUGAUCCAGGAGAGAAAGUUACAGUAACUCUACGUCGAGAAUUCAUGGAAGAAGCAAUGAAUACACUUGAAAAGUCUGUUGAAGAACUAAAAAUUGUUGAAAAAACAAUUGAAACAUUUUUUAGCAAUGGUGAAGAAAUAUACAAAGGAUAUGUGGAUGAUCCUAGAAAUACGGAUAAUGCUUGGAUGGAAACUAUUGUUUUCAAUUUUCAUGAUGCAAGUGGUAAGAUUGUUGGUAAUUUCAACUUACAAGCUGGUGAUGAUGCAACAAAAGUUAAAUGGAUUGAUAUUGAUUGUAAUUUAAUCCUCUAUGCAAGUCACAAAGAUUUUAUACAAAAAAUUGUACAAAAACAUGCUUCACACUGGUAACAUUGUUUUGUGUUAUUUAAUUAAUUAUUGUUCACUUUUUACUUCAAUCAAUUGCAUAACAUUCACAAUUAAUUUUAUUUUUCAAAGUAACUCUAUGGGUAAGAUUUGUUUUCAACUUUUGAAAUUAUAAAUAACAUUCACGUCACAUUUUUUAAAUAUUUUAAAAAUUUUUCUCAUGAAUCUGUAAAAAUAUUUUUUGCUAAUAUUCUUUACAUAAACUUCAGGUGCAUUGUGCCAUAUAUGCUAUGUAUAUCUGCUAAAAACAGUUGAAAAAUAUUCUAAUGCAUCUUUAUAUUAUUUCAAUAAACUUCAUUAUUAAAUGUCAACAAUGUGAAA